AUGGGAGGGCUGCAUGGUCGAGUGCUGCUGCUGCAAUCAAGGCGACGACUCAGCUCUGGAAACGUGUUUUCACGUCAAUCAAUGCGCAGCUUCUAUCCUGCCACAACUAAACGACCCCAUGACCCAUCACCAUCUGAGCUGCUUCGAUUCGCCUUGAGAGAUUCAACUGAGCCAAUUCAUGACUCUAAUUCUAAUGAGGCCUUAUCUGCGUAUCUUCGUGGACUUUUUGUCACUGAAUGGAAGCUCAAUGCUCCACCUGUCCCAUUGUGGACCUCUCUCAAAGGAUUUACCUCGCGGGACCAAGAGCUGUUGUGGGAUGCCAAUAUCGACAUCACCGAUGUCUCUUCCCUGCGGAGUCUAAUUGAGAGAUAUGUCAAAAACCAAUAUGCAGCAGAGAUCUUGCAGACUGGUAAUUGUUUAUUGCUAUAUCACGCUUUACAACGCUGUCAACGGAAAAACACAUUGGCAGAAAUCCUAUUGCUUCUACGUGACUUGUUUGCAAGAUUAAAACGUCUCCAGCUUCCUAUCCAGCCUGAACUGUACUCUAUAGCGUUAUAUUUUGCCUCUCUCGAUCUUUCGCCUUCAGAUCUCAGGCACUUCUUGGAUGACCACCGCCACAAGGACCUCCCAGCCCUAGGUCGCAAGGAAAGUUUGCAGGUAGUCCGAUAUUGUUCUGAAGCACUUGACUGUAGAAUCUUUGAGGACCCAUACUAUGACCCCAAUCCUAUCCUUUCUGUGACCACAGGCGAAGAAGAGCUCGUGACCAAACCCCACAAUCUGCAUGAUAUCUUGUUCUGGACACAGACACAAUCUACUGAUCAAAUUGACAACCGAUUCAAUUUUGAAAACAACGCCCAGGACUAUAUCUGUUUACUUGCUAGGCUCGGGAAUGAUGAAGUACUUCACAGAUGCUGGUCUCAUUUCCUGGAGAAUAUUCAGCCUAAAAACUAUCACAGCUGCAUUGCUGCCUAUCAGAUAGUGCUGGCUCUGAUCCAAAAUGUUCAGUCCGAAACAGCGGUGAAAUGGCUGGAGGAUAUCUCUCAAAAAUGUGGUGAUAACCUGCCAUUUAUUGCGAAGUUCCCGAAUCUUCGAUCCUUCCUUAGUGAUCCUAUUGUGGGUGAGGCAAUACCUGACCUAGUGAGAGGAGAGGACUACCUUGAACUACUUGAGUUUUGCCUUGAGGAUAUGGACCGAAGGAUGGGUGUUCAAUGGAGCCCUGAGAGUGAAAGCCAUUUCAGUACAGCCUUGGACCCCUCAGAGUCAAUCUACGAACCAUUUCAGGAUCAACUUUUGCCCAAAAUCGGUAACAAAUAUGUUGGCCCUGAUCAUGGAGGACAGUUAUAUGCAGAACUUCGCGUUCAUGGCUGUUCCAAGUCUCCGGCUGCACUGGGCAGGGUUGUAGAUAUGUUGAAUGACCACGACGGACAGUCUCAAAAGGUCAUCACUCAUCUCGAUUACAAUAUGACACGGCUUGAUGGGCUUCGCUCAAAGUUUGAAUCACUCGAACUCCGAUGGGUACCAGAACACUCACCGAUAGAAUUUUCCAACUCCCAAAUUCCGGCGCUACGCGACUCUUCUGAGCCUACCCCAUCUACCCUAGGCCUUAUUCGGGCUCGCUUGAUCAUUCAUGGAGUUCCUCAAAUGGGAAUCGAUAACUUACACUUGAUGCAACUCGGUUGCAUGGAUAUGCGGUAUGGCCCAGAUCAUCCAUGGCAGCCAUCAGGAUACAUCGUGGUUUGGGACCGUCAUUGCGGUGAACUCCUUGGGCUUUAUGUCGGGCAGGGUACCGGGGUGAUUGAUUGUGGACCAGCGCCUUCAGAUGGUCCCCUCGGUGCCUUGAUGCAUCUCACGCUCUCGACCAAUCCUGACGAGCGAACAUAUUAUCCUAGUGGCACACGCACUCAUUCUCGAAAUUGCUGGGGACCUUACUAUUUGGAUGUAGAUCCAAGUGCAGAUCUAGAGUAUGAAGUGUUUCCAUACGUGUGA